GUCCAAAUCACAGCGCGCGAUGCCAGCGCAGAGCAACGAGACGAGGAGCCGAGAGGCGUGGCUGCGCGAGCGCCCGCUCUUGAAACUACCUGCGACGGCCCACACCGGGUCUCGAGCGGCGCUGAAAGAGACGUCGGGCUCCCCGCACCGCAUCCACCGCAUUCUCGAGCAAGACGGUGUGUCGCAGCUCAUUGCAACGUGGGGCAAAACCACGGGCUACGACUGCCCGUACCUUCCGUCGCCGACGAAAAAGGGCGUGCCAACGUCAAUGACACAGGCUCGUCACUUGCGGAACGCGCCGUGCCACACGCUGCCGUCGCCGCACAAACCUGCGUGGAACGCGUCCGUGUACGAAUCGAAACGCGCCGGCAACAUCGGCAUCAUCUUGCACAACCAUAAGCUCGCCAUGACGCACAGCAAGGAGCGGCUGCCCGGCCACCCCAAGUUCCUCGCGCAAGUCGUGCUGCCGUUGACCCCCGAGCUGUACGGCGUGGACUACGACAGCGACGGAGCAUCGGCGUUGGACGUGAACGCUCACCCGCAGUGGCGCCUUCGCGUGCAUAUUUUGCAUGGCGCCAACGUUGUUGAUCCGUGCCGAUGGCGGCGCCCCCACGUCUGCAGUCGGCUCUUGCGCCCAUAUGUGCAGAUCGUCGUGCCCACUGCCCCCGUCGCCACGACGCCGACAGCCUGCAAUGCGCCGACCACGUCGCCCAUGUGGUCGAUGGGCUGGGUGGACUUUCGUUUGCUCUCGAACGCGUCCUUUCCGAGUGCGUUCGAGGUGCGGGUCCUGAAUCGCUGUAAUGGCAACGAGCUCGUGGUUGGCGAGGCAUCGAUCCCGAUCCAGCGCACCCGCUUCUGCGAUUUCGUGCAGCUGCGGAGUCGACGCGGGAAGCCCACGGGCAGAAUCAAGCUACUGUACCUCCUCGAAGGUACCGUGCCCCCGACGCCGCCCCCGCGCAACCCUCUCUUUCCCUUUGCCGACCUGGCGACCGCAAAAGCUGCGCUGCGCAAAGUCGACGUUCGGCCUCCGAGCGUACUCGCGCCAUCCCCCACCCUUCGACGCCCCGUCAGCGACGUUCUCGCACUUCUCGAAACCCUUCGCAGUCGGGUGCCAGACGAGCGUAUCGAGCCGGAAGCGAUCUCAAAAGCCAACGACGCUGUCAUUGGCGAAGGCAUCUCUGCCGCCGUCUACAGUCUCGACGACGGCAAGCGCGUUCUCAAAGAGUUUCGGUAUGAAGAGAUCGGCGGCGCGCCUCCGUACCCCGUCGUCGCCGCCUUUGGGCGCGAGCUCGAGCUAUGGCUGUCACUGCGCCACGCCAACAUUUUGGAGCUGCAAUAUGUGCGCUUCUCACCGCGCUUGGGGUUCGUCUCGGCGUACAUGGCGGGUGGCAGUCUGUAUGCGAGCCGGGACCGCCCAACGUGGGCACUCGUGACACCAGUCCAGAAAGGGUACUUGGCUCUCCAGGUCGCUUGUGCGCUGGCGUACCUUCAUGAAGAGCGCAUCGUGCAUCGGGAUCUCAAGCUGCACAACGUCCUCCUCGUGGCGCCAAUUGAAGAUAGCACGAGUGUACCCGAAGCCAAGCUUUGUGACUUUGGCAGCGCGAUUCGCCUCGGUGCGUCCAAGGCCACAGACGCGAUGGGGACGUCGGGGUACACAGCCCCCGAGGUCUUUUCGGGUGACGGAUAUACGUACCCAAGUGACAUUUGGAGCUUUGGCAUCUUUCUCUGGGAGCUCUUCUGCCCGUACCCCAACCCGCACUCGAACCCGUUUGCGGGAGUAGCCCCCGAUGACUUUAUUGCCAAGGCUACCCACGGGCUCCGUCCGCACUUGCCGUCCACUCUCGGUGGCUACGGACACGUAAUCGAAGAGUGCUGGCGCCUCAUUCCGAGCGAACGCCCGGCGGCGACGAGCCUCAUUGCAACGCUUGCUGACCUGCUGCCGUCAUCCACCAGUCCUUCUUCGUAGCACCAAUUCGGGCGGCUAAAAGGG